CGAAGGUCAAACAACAGUGCGUCACUGCCUGAUUAAAUUUAUUCAGAAUGUAAUAAAAUUUCUAAUCACAUGCUUUAAAUGUACAAUCAGUGCGACAAAGCUUAUAACCUACAUCAAAAUUAAGUCGCUACUGAGAUGAUCAACAAUCAAGUAGUAGCUACUAGCACAACUCUAGUAGCUGGCGCUGCUGUUUUGGCUUAUCUCGGAUUCCAGUUUUUUCAAAAGAGAAAGACUGUAAAAAUACCAACAAAAUGGGAGGAAGUAGGUACAUUAUCAGGUCUAUAUCUAUAUCCAUUGAAGAGUGGUCACCGAAAGGAGUUAAAUCAAGCCGAAUGUACCCCUCUUGGUUUAAAACAGACUGAACAGGAUGAAAAAGUACUGCAAUUAAGAGACAGGGGUUUAGUGGUAUACACAGAAAAAGAUAACGAAUUUAGAACAGCUAGAACAUAUCCUCAAUUGCUACAGAUAGAUAUAUCUGUACAUGAUGAGAAUCAUUUUGCUUUGGAUGCUCCUACCAUGAGAACUCUCUAUGUUAAGAUUCCCAGCAAAGAAACUAAUAAGUCUGUUACCAUCACGCUACACAGAGCAGAACCUUGCAAUGCAAUCGAUUGUGGAGAGGAAGCAGCCACUUGGCUAUCCAGACUAAUUUUAGAAAAACCCACUGGUCUACGGUUAGGGUUUCAUGAUGGUGUUUACAAAAGGGAUCUUCAAACGGCAUAUAAAAAGGACAUAUCAUUUUAUCAAAAAGUUUCUAAUUUAUCUGCAGGACUAUAUCCGGAUCUUACUAGUAUGUCUUUAAUAAACCAGGCAUCAGUAAACGACUUGUGUCAAAAGAUAGGUAAUGGUACUGUAAGCGUCCACAAUUUUAGGCCUAACUUAGUUGUGAACGGUCCCACCAUCAAAGCUUUUGAUGAAGACAAUUGGGAAUGGAUCAAAAUUGGCGACGUUAUUAUGAGAAAUGUUAAAGAAUGCACCAGAUGUAUGCUGACGACUCUAAAUCCAGAUACUAGCAUGAGGGAUCCUGCUAUGGAACCUUUAACUACAUUAAAAACUUACCGAAAGUGCAAAGGUCCAGGGGAUUAUGGAAUUAUGGGAGUCCAUUUGGAAGUUAGACAAACAGGAUUACUAAAACUUGGUGAUACUGUAUACAUUCACAGAAGUGAAGAAUAGUGCGAAUCUAAAUAAAAUCAUUUCAAUGGUUUACAAAUAACUGUAUAUAAAUUGUUAGAUGUAUAAUAAAUUUGUUGAAAGUAACACAUAAAUAUUCUCUUUAUAAACGUUGUUU